AUGCAGCGCUCAGCUUUCCUCAUACUGUCGUUUUUGAGCGUCUCUGCCUUUUGUUGGCCCUAUGACGAACCACUCGCUAAAUACAAUCUAAAUGAAAACAAAUCCGCCGAAACCCCAAUCGAUUAUUGGGGAGCAUGGCCGAACCAUGAUUAUCAUCCGUCACCAGAUAACUGGCGCCUCCCUACAUAUACCAUCUUUUUGGACCGUAUAGCCAACGGCGACCCCACAAAUGACGAUAUAAACGGGACCGCAUUUGAGCAUGUGAUCAACUCGAAUCAGAUGCGCCAUGGCGGUGACCUGGACGGCUUGAUAGAUACACUGGACUAUAUCGAAGGAAUGGGAUUCAAGGUUAGUUUGACCCGGCAUCACAAUGAUUCUAUCGCUAACCCUCAAAAGGUCAUCUACUUCGCCGGAACGUAUUUGAUGAACUUGCCCUGGGCCUAUGAUGGGUACUCGCCGGUCGAUACCACUCUCCUUGACAUGCAUUAUGGAACACUGGAGGACUGGAGGCGGACGGUCGACGAGAUUCACAAACGGAACAUGUAUGUGUUGGUGGACAACACACUGGCAACACUGAGCAACCUGAUCGGUUUCAAAGGCCAUUUGAACGAUUCCGCCGAUUUCGAAGCAUCAGAAUAUGAAGUCCAAUGGGUUACCGACAGGGAAUAUGCCGAUUUCAAAUUUGGCAACGAUUAUAACGAAACAUGCAACUAUCCCAAGUUCUGGGAUGAGACUGGAAUGCCAUUAACGACCGGGGGUGUUGAAAAGUUGAAGGGUUGCUAUAAUAGCGAUUUUGAUCAAUAUGGAGAACUAGAGGCAUUCGGUAACUUCCCCGACUGGCAGCGCCAACUGACGAAGUUUGCCUCCGUGCAGGACCGCCUGCGUGAAUGGCACAAGCCGGUCCGCGAUGUGCUCACUCAACAUUCCUGCCUUCAAAUCGCGAGUCUAGAUAUCGACGGUUUCCGCUUUGAUAAGUCUGUGCAAUCGACCCUCGAGCCGCUGAGUGAAAUGCUCGCCAUCUACCGUGAAUGCGCGAAAAAACUUGGCAAGAAGAACUUCUUCCUGCCUGGCGAGAUCACGUCCGGAGACAGCAUGGGCAGUCUCUACCUCGGCCGCGGCCGCCAGCCGGAUCAGCGUUCGAAAAAUGCAGGCCAAGCUGUCAAGCUUACGAACAACUCAGACUCAUCUUUCCUGAGAGAUGAUGGGCUACAAGCUUUGGAUUCCUCCGCCUUUCACUAUACCAUCUAUCGUUCGAUGACCCGUUUCCUGGGCCUGGACGGUAACCUGGUUGCUGGCUUUGACUUGCCUACCGACUUUAUCGACGCCUGGAAUGAGAUGCUCGUAACCAACGAUUUCCUCAAUGCAUUCACAGGAGAAUUGGAUCCUAGGCAUAUGUAUGGUGUCUCUAACCAGGAUAAUUUCCGCUGGCCAGCUCUCCAGAAUGGCACAGAUAAAUACCUCCUGGGUCUGUACAUCAUCUCGCUGGAGCUUCCUGGAAUACCUCUUAUUUUGUGGGGAGAAGAGCAAGACAUGUACGUGUUCGACGCUACUGCAGCAAACUAUAUGUUUGGGCGCCAGCCCAUGACGUACCAGACCGCGUGGUGGACACAAGGCUGCUUCAACUUGGAAACCGAAAAGUUCUACGAUUUCCCGAUCGAAAAGGGACGUGACGGAUGCAACGAUAUCACUGUCACGUAUGACCAGCGGAAUCCUGCCCACCCGCUCCGCAACAUCAUGAAGCGCAUGUUUGAGAUUCGAGCCCAUUACCCAGUCGCCCAGGAUGGCUUGUUCCUUGAAACGCUCUCUCAACUCACAGAAGACAUCUAUCUUCCUGGUUCUUCUACCACCCCCACGGUCACUGGCCUUUGGUCUGUGUUGCGAAGCUAUUUCCCUGGGGUACAAACAGACGCAAUCCUGGCCAACGAAACGUUGUGGCUCGUGUAUCAAAACGGGAACUCGACCAAAACGUACGGUGGCAACUGCAAGGUCAUGAAUGGGUCCUUGUUGGCUCCAUUUGAGUCGGGGACAAAAUUGAAGAACCUCUUUUAUCCUUACGAUGAGCUUACCUUGGAAGAUGGCCCUGAUAAGUCCGAGAACGUGAACUCCUACGGAUGCGUCCGUAAAAUGAAGCUUCUUCCGUGGGAAUAUCGAGCCUAUGUCAAGACCGCCAACUUCGUUAAGCCCGGCCCUACCGUGACUGAUUUCUUCCCCGGACAUGAUGCUCGGUUGCUAUCUUCAGAAGACACGGGUGAAACCAUGCCCGUUCAGCUUGGAUAUUCCUCAGAGAUGGACUGUGACAGCAUCACCAAGGCAGUCUCCCUCAAUUCUACAACAGAGAAAAACAUCUCCGCCGAGCUUGAUAAAUCCAGUGUCAACUGCACCAAAAUCCCUGCCAGGACCACGAGUAAGAACUUCGUCGGAGAAGUCCCGACUGUUUGGACAUGGUCUGCAAACCUGAAGAAUGUUCACCAUGGAAUCCACCAACUGACUGUCAAAAAUGUUUCCUCUUCUGGAGUUUACACCAAUUCGACCGACAAGUUCUUACUCCGCCUCGGUGCUCAUGACAACCCCCUGAUUUCCCCGCUUGCCAAUUACUCUACCAGCCUAGUCCACAAGUCUGGCGACAACCUUUACCUUCAGCACAGAGCUGCCGGUGCAGAUAUGUUCCGAUACUCCUCUGAUUUUGGUCGUAGUUGGAAUGACUGGGCGACGUACUCAGGUGGCAACACUACUGUUACCAUCCCAACCUGGGGCGGCACAGACGCCCAGAAGUGGGAGGGAACUCAUAUCCGAGUGCAAUACUUUUCAAGGCUCACUGGAAGCAGCGAUUACCUACAGGAGGGUGAUUAUGGAAAUGACAGAGUCAGAAGAUUCCCACACAUGUGGUUUAACGGUCCAUACAAUCAAUACGGCUAUGAUGCAGGAAUGAACAGCAAGAUGAAGUACGAUUCCAAAACGUCUCGCUGGAACUACGACUUCGUCUACGAAUGGCCAGCCAUUGGCCAGCUGAAUGUUUGGGGCACGGACAGUGAUGGCAACCCUGAUAAUACCGAAGUCUACGGUGAUGUCGGCAACUCGUCGUCGGUUCAAAAGCUUCCUCCGUCCUAUCUCGCAUCCAACGUCAUCAACAUCACCAGUCCGCCGCCAUUCCCGCAUCUUGGCUGGAAAAUCUCCCUCAACGAUGGCAAUCUGAAAUAUGAAAUGAUUCCCAUCGGAUCUGGAUGGGCCCAGUUGGUCCUCUUUAUCCUUCUCUGGGUUGUUCCGCUUCUUAUGGGCUGUGCCGGUGUCUUCAUCUUCAUCCAAAACUUCUACCGUGUCAAACUCAACAAGAAUGGCAAUGUUGUCAAGGCAGAAAAGUUCCCAGUACUGCUUUGGGGCAGAGUCAAAGGAAUGUUCGCCAAAGAUGAUGCUGAGGAGAUCCAGAUGGCACAAAACGCUGUGCCUACAAAUAUGGCUCUCGCAGGAGCAAGCGACCAAAGACGUACUGUAUUGAUUGCCACUAUGGAGUACGAUAUCCAAGAUUGGCAGGUCAAAGUCAAAAUUGGUGGUCUUGGAGUAAUGGCUCAACUCAUGUCACAAAAUUUGAAGCAUCAGAACCUAAUUUGGGUGGUUCCAUGCGUUGGUGAUAUUGACUACCCUGAGGAUACGCCCGCUGAACCUUUCGUGGUCACAAUUCUCGAUAACCCUUACUCGGUCAAUGUGCAGUACCACGUCGUGGAUAAUAUCACCUACGUCCUACUUGAUGCUCCGGUCUUCCGGCACCAAACUAAGGCAGAGCCAUAUCCUCCACGUAUGGAUGAUCUGGACAGUGCGAUUUACUAUUCGGCCUGGAACCAGUGUAUCGCUGAGGUAAUGAAGCGGACACCCUCCAUUGAUCUCUAUCACAUUAACGACUUCCAUGGCUGCGUGGCGCCUCUGUACCUCCUCCCCUCGCGAACUAUCCCGGUUUGCCUGUCUUUGCACAAUGCCGAGUUCCAAGGACUUUGGGCUCUGCGAACGGCCCAAGAGAAGAAGGAAGUCUGCGCUGUGUUCAAUCUCCCGGUUGAAAUAGCGACCAAGUACUGUCAGUUUGGCAGUGUCUUCAACCUUCUUCACACCGGUGCUAGUUAUCUGCGAUUCCAUCAACGUGGCUUCGGCGCAGUAGGUGUGUCCGAGAAGUAUGGAAAGCGCUCAUUUGCUCGUUAUCCCAUCUUCUGGAGUCUUGGCAAGAUUGGCAGUCUUCCCAAUCCGGAUCCCUCCGACACAGGCGCCUUGAAGAAAGACCCCGACGUGCAAGUUACGGUCCAGUCCACCGACGAGCUGGCCAAUGACAAAAUUCAGGCGCAGAAAUGGGCUGGUCUGAAUGAGGACCCCAACGCCGAUUUGCUAGUGUUUGUGGGAAGAUGGUCGAAGCAGAAGGGAGUCGACUUGAUUGCAGAUGUUAUGCCGGCUGUCUUAUCAGCUAGACCAAAUGUUCAGCUGAUCUCGCAUUAUGGAGAUGUUCCCAGGCCGUGUCUUUUCGAAGCCAGAGUUUACGAUCCUUCCCCCUUCGUGUUCUCUGGUGCCGACUUCGCUCUGAUCCCAUCUCGGGACGAGCCUUUCGGAUUGAUUGCCGUUGAGUUUGGUCGUAAGGGUGCGCUUGGAAUUGGUUCUCGCAUCGGAGGUCUAGGCCAGAUGCCUGGCUGGUGGUACACUGUGGAAUCAGACUCAGCCCGCCAUCUCUUGCAUCAGCUGAGAACCGCCAUCAAAUCCGCCUUGGAUUCAACGCAGGAGACUCGAGAAGAGAUGCGUGCAAACUCUGCCAAGCAACGAUUCCCAGUUCUUGAGUGGGUUCAGAAGCUCGAAGUUCUACAACGGACGUCUAUCAAUAUCCAUCACCAAAAGAACCAGCUCACUGUUGCAGGCUCGGCGCGAGAGUCUCAGAUCUUCUGGGAGACGGAGAACCCUGGCUUGCGAGACUCCACAAUGAUGAUCCGCCCUUCAUCAUUCCAGUCAGCGACCGGUGGUGUGGAUACGCCACCAAACAGAACAUCGCAGCCUGUUCAGCCUUCCCUUCUUCAGCUACAGGCAGUCGAAGCUCAAGAAAUGCAAGCAGCCGAAAGCAACAGAGGUAGCACGUUAGGUCGCAACCUGUCCCUUGGUCGACGGUCUGGACCAGGACAGGGCAGAAAUCGUCUCGUCAAGAAGACACAGCGCCAGGGCCAGAUGCUCGAGCCCCCCAUGGAUGGUGAUACCACGGACGCCGAAGAUGAUGGCACACAGGAGAAAUAUAUCUCUCAAGAAGAGGCUAUGGCGGCGCUCAAUUCACCUCUCCAAGAUCUCAGCACACACCCUAGGAACAACAAUCACUCUCGUGGCGUUUCUAGCUCGUCGGCCUCGGAGACAUCGAAUUUCCUCUCCAGAGACUCCUCUCCAGUGAGACUUUCUCGUGAUCCUUCUGAUGCUGCUACACCUUUCGCUCACGCCCAGAAUAUCUCCGUCCUCUCCUUGCCUUCUGUUGUUAAUGACCAUAACCAACCCAAUUUCCAUCUGCAAAAGGUCGAUCCGACCUUUACCGAUAGCAUGGGCAAUUUCACGCGGCACUUCGAAAAGCAGCUCACCAACCUCAACAAGAAAAACUCGAUCUCAGAUUAUUGUAUUGAGCUUUAUCUGAUGAAGAGUGAGCGGAAGUUCUUUUACAUGUACAACGACGCGCAGUUGAAGAAGCAGCCCAAAGAACGUCCCCUGACAGGAGCUGGCUUGGACCAAACUGUUGAGACUCAACCGUAUAACCUGGUCACGGAAGGUUCCGAAAGCUCGGAAUCUAACAAUACAGAUGAAAUCGACCUGUGGCUCGCUCGUCUGGGAUACAAGAGACCCAUUGCCAUUCAGCGCUUUAUGAGAUGGCGCGUUGGAAACUGGCCUGUCUAUGCUCUUUUCUUAGGUCUUGGACAGAUCAUCGCCACGAACUCUGCGCAGAUCACCCUAUUGGCUGGCCAGAUUGGUGAGACAGCAGUCAAGCUCUAUGUCAUCGCGGCAAUCUACUGCGUUUCUUCCAUUGUCUGGUGGUGCCUUUUCUUCCGCUUCCCGUCUGUGAUUGUCCUCACUCUUCCCUGGUUCAUAUAUUCUAUGGCAUUCAUCACCAUUGGCGUUUCUCCCUUCGCACUCUCGGAGCUCGGUCAAGCUUGGGCUCAGAAUGUUGCUGCAGGAAUAUAUGCCGCAGCAUCUUCCAGUGGUUCCUUGUUCUUUGCUCUCAACUUUGGUGACCAAGGCGCUGUCCCUGUGAAGGAUUGGAUGUUCCGCGCAAGUCUUAUCCAGGGUAUCUCACAGCUCUACACCGUUGCCCUGUGGUACUGGAGUUCCAAAGUCACCGCAGUGGAAGUCGGAGGUGUUUCCACGGCUGCCAUGAAUUCCUGGAAACUCGCGGCUGUGGUGAUGCCCAUUGCCGCAGUUUGUUUCAUUAUCGGUGUGCUUCUCGCCCUUGGCUUGCCCAAGUACUAUCGCCAAGCACCCGGAAAGAUCCUCUUCUUCUACACAUCUCUCUUCCGCCGCCGUAUCGUCCUCUGGUUCUUCUUCAUGGUCAUCAUCCAGAACUGGUUCCUUUCCGCGGCAUUCGGCCGAAACUGGUCAUUCCUCUGGUCCUCCCAACACACUAAAGCAUGGGAAGUCGCUCUCCUGGUAAUCUUCUUCUUUGUCUUCCUCUGGGUCGGUGUGAUGCUCCUCUUCCGCUUCUUGUCCAAGGAGCACAGUUGGAUCUUGCCCGUCUUCGGCCUGAGUAUUGGUGCACCCCGAUGGGCCCAAACAUGGUGGGGAACAUCGGACAUCGGCCACUAUCUUCCAUGGGCUGGAGGGUUGACUUCCGGGGCUAUCGCAUCUCGGUGUCUCUGGCUCUGGCUCGGUGUUCUUGAUGAGAUUCAGCAAGUCGGUUUGGGAAUGAUUCUCCUACAGACGUUGACAAGAGUACACGUCGUUUUCGUCCUGUUGGCCGCGCAAUCUCUUGGAUCUAUCGCCACAAUUUGUGCUCGUGGAUUCGCACCAAACAAGGUCGGCCCUGCAGGCAUCUCCCCAAAUGUUGGAGCCUCACUAGACGCAGUUGGCAAUGCGUGGUUCUGGAUUGCCCUUUUCUUCCAGCUUCUGGCUAGCUUUGGUUUCCUUCUCUUCUAUCGUCGCGAACAGCUCAAUCGGCCCUAG